AGGCCCUCAAAUUUUCAUGCUUGUUCGCCAUUUUUUCCUUCCUACCUAUGCAUCCGAUCUUUGAGAUUCAUCCAAUCUUUGAUAUUAGGUCUAUUUUCGUUCCUCGCUCCUUGCCCAAUCAAUGAAUCCUUGCGCUCUCAUAUUGACUCUCAUUGAAUCCUUGUAAUCCAUUCUAUCUGCAUGAUCUUCCAUUUUCCUUUGUGAAACUUAGAGCUUCUGAAACUUAUCCGCCCACUGACUUCACUUCUUGCACAAAAGAAACAACCCACAAGAGGAAGAUGAAUCCGAUUCGUUUUAUGCAUGUGAAUUGCUACACUGGUGUAGCUUGCAAACAGGGAGCUCCCGCAGUCUGUUUUCAACUCGAGCAAAGUGUCCACCAAUCCGUAACCGAUGAGCAGAAGCUUACCUAUGUAAGAGAAUUCCUAGGUGCUUCUCACGAGAAAGCAAACGAAGACGCGGCCGUAACAUCUGUAGUUCCGGCUAAUCGCAGUCCGCUGUUGACAGAAGUCGCGGUAAUCACUCUGCGAGCGGGGAAGAAUCAACUCCUCCAAGUGUUUAACAAGGAUGGCGAAGUCUCCAUGCCACUGCACGAACGAAACAUCCUGGCUGCGGCGCAUGUGUACAAAAUUCCCAGAUUAUUUAGUUUUUUUGACCAUGAUUUUGAACCACGACCACAAGGUUAUUUAUCGAGUAAGGGCGGUAUUUAUCAGAUUUUUUGCUGGUACAUUUUUUGAUAAAACAGUGAGCUUCGUCGAACUAGAGCUUUUUAUGGAGCACCAUAUUGAUCAAAGUUUCUUCACAUCACAUCGAAGAAGGUGCACAACAUCAUCCUUCUCCAAACAUCUCUACCAGUCUCCAACGCGGUAUCGGGGGACCGCAGACGGUGAAGCCGAAGCCGGUGAUGAUUUUCGACACAAAUGCCGGUCCCGCUACCAUAGUGGUGAAGAAAAUUUCCGUAGAUCUCGGCUCUCGCAUGUUAUCCCGAUACGAAAUCAAGUUCCCGUCAAAACCUGGCAAAAAGCUCCUAAACCUCGCAGCCGAAGCUCCCCCCUUUUUAGCGGAAUGUCUGUAUUCGAUCGGAAAGUUUAUCUCGCCAGAGAUGAAGGACAAAAAACCAGUGGAGAAAAAGGCUAACAGGUACUUUUUGUUACAAGCAGGUAUUGAUUCGAUGGACUUCUACCACGCAACUGGCCUGAUGCGGAAGAAAUCGGUUUGUAUUUGUUUUCGCUCGGCGAUCGUAUACUUGGUAGUUCUUCAAACAAUUUCUAAGCUAGAACCCUAAGCCACCAUCCAAACUCGCACAAUAAGUACCCCUGUUUCUCUUCCACCAGAUUUGCUGCUCGCUCCGCGGAACGUGCCGAGAACACUUUAGCCCUGAAAGGCCUCAUGCGUGGCAAAGAUACUUCCAAGAUAAAGCCCGAAGAAGACGCCGCUGCCACCGACGCUGGAGGUCCCACAGUUCCUCCUUUCUACCCCAAGGAAGGCCGACGAACGGGCGACUACUUGAUGCUCGUUUUCGAGUCGGAAGAAGCCAUCCGGGAAGUGAAAUUUGACAGAGCACGUUAUGCACUGGAGUUGGAGCAUUAUAAAGAAGGUGCAGAACACUAUACAGGUGAACCCUUGCCGUCCAUGCUGGUGUGCACGGCAAAGAGCAAAGCCCCUAAAACCGCAGCGGGAGAUGACUUGUCGUUUGUGACACGAGUCUUCUCAGCACAAAAUGGGGAAGAAGAGGCAACCGCAAGUGUUUUUUCCACGUUGAUGCCCUAUUGGAACGAGAAGUUGUCGGACCCGAAACUGUUCUGCCAACAGGUAUAACUCGUAGACAUGGCCUUGCAUGAUUCACCUGAGAGAGAAGCUAGCUGUAGGCAACAUCGGUAAGCGUGAAUACGCGUCUAUUCAUUUUGUUCAAUUGACAGCUCCUCAAUUCACUUGGUGCCCAUCCUUCACAAGAAGACCCUCGUGUAUAAUUAGUAGCAUUCUUAUUUUUCUCUUUGGACCGCGUUAAACAACUUACAAAGAUGUCCCCAAGAACUAAGUUUUCCCCAUCUUCAAUCAAUCAGCUCUGCCCACGUGGUGGCCACAUUGUUGCCGAGAUCAUGCCAAAUCAGGGGAAGGUUGCUGGCGACCCAAACGACGAAUUCGUAGAUCCAAAAGACCAAGUCCUGGUCUCCGGAAUGGCAGCGUGCUUCUGCGAAGGCGCGAUACCGGAAGAAGUCUGGAACGCGCAGUUCGAUCCGAAGAAGAAAUGAUGAGGGGGGUUUUGUUUUGGGUGUUCUUUGUGGAAGUAUUGGAAAUCAAAUUCGAAGGAGACGAUUGAUGAUAAUGGAGUGUCUAUGAAUGUAUUAUUUGCUGGAAACAAUCAGAAUCAAUUUAUUUUGGAAUGAAUACUUAUUGUUAUUCAUAGUUGGAUCCUCUUAAACCACAAGUAAGUUGUAGGGGGUCAGACUUUCAUACCGUUGAUUCAUAGAGGAAGUUGGUAUGCACCUUGUCGUUUUAGUUGUACGGCAUUAGUGAUGCAGAGUUGUCGUUUUGAUGAUUUGAUCUAUCCUCGAAUCUUCUUUGAUUCCUUGUAGUGGAGAGGAGCACAGCUGAGUUCUUGUUAUAUCCUUGAAAUUGAGGAUGAGAGAGGGUGUUGGAAGAUUCAAUCUCAUCUUUGCUGAGGAUGACAUCCUUAUGUGAAGAAAGCUUGCGAGUUCUUCACAAGCACGUCUUUGAG